UGUCCGUCCAUCCUGUUCUUUUACCACCAUGUUUACUGGAUUACACUAAUUCACUAAAUUAUCAAUCCAAUUUUCAAAACCAUUUUCUGGGCUGUGCUAAGGCUACUUUAGUUUAAUUUUAUAAGAGAACUUUAGGUCAUGGCCGUAUGUGAAUCUUUUUAAAUAAUCAUAAGCGUGGCUAAUCAAGGAAGAAAAAGAAAAAUGAGCAGUUCCGAGGAAGUGUCAUGGAUUUCAUGGUUCUGUGGGCUUCGUGGCAAUGAGUUCUUUUGCGAGGUGGAGGAGGACUAUAUUCAAGAUAAGUUCAACUUAACUGGUUUAAAUGAGCAAGUUCCUCACUAUAGACAAGCACUGGACAUGAUCCUUGAUUUAGAAGCAGAAGAUGAAUUGGAUGACAAUCCAAAUCAAUCAGACUUAAUAGAGCAAGCAGCAGAAAUGCUGUAUGGAUUAAUCCACGCAAGGUAUAUUUUAACAAAUCGAGGAAUAACAGUAAUGAUAGAGAAAUAUCAGUCUGGUGAUUUUGGUCAUUGUUCACGUGUUUUUUGUGAGAGCCAACCUAUGCUCCCAAUUGGCUUGUCUGAUAUCCCCGGUGAAGCAAUGGUCAAAUUAUACUGUCCUAAAUGUAUGGACGUUUAUACACCUAAAUCAUCUCGCCAUCACCACUCGGAUGGAGCCUACUUUGGAACUGGUUUCCCUCAUAUGCUUUUCAUGGUACACCCCGAAUAUAGACCCAAACGCCCAGUCAACCAAUUUAUUCCAAGAUUGUACGGCUUCAAAAUUCAUCCUCUAGCUUACCAACUGCAACAACAGGCUGCAUCAAAUUUCAAAGCACCAAUGCGAGGUUCUGCAUACAAUAAUGGCAAACGUUAAUGACCAUGAUAUUCCAUUUUCCUCCCUCAAUCACCACUCAACUGUUAUCAAGAAGAGUAUUAGUGUCUCAGUCUAGUUUUCUCAAGGAUUUCAUUUUUUCCAAGCCCCCCAAAUGUGGGGCUCUGUGAAACCUCUCUCUUACUGAAAGUUUUCACACAUACAAUAAAGGAGAAGCAUUUUAUGAAGCAUAACUGAAAGGAGUCUUUGGAAAUUUUUUAGACUGACACACAAUCAUUUCAGUGUAUCCUUGCUUUUUUUGUUACUCUCUCCAAAAAAAUCUAACCAUCCUUCUUACUGUUUUUUACAUAAGUUUUUAAUAAAAAUCCAACUACUACAAAAGAAACUUCCUCUUAAGUUGAUUGUUUUCUGUUUGCAACCACUUUCCUCGUGUUCACUGAUGAGAAUAGGUCUUGCUCCAUUCUGAAUUUUAUAAACUUGCUAUUUGUAAAAAUUACACUCAAGUGCCACGAUUUAAAUUUAAUGUCCUCAGUCUCACUUAAUUGCAUCGAUAAGAAAUUAUCCACUCGGUCAGUGCAUUCUAUGCGGGAACAAAGCUCUCCGUUCUCAUUUAUUCACUCUUAUUCUGGAUUUCCAGUGUGCUUUUCUUUUUCAUCCUUGUAGCCUCAAAAAUAAAUGCUGAUUCUCAUCCAUCAUUUUUCAUCCGCCGGAUGGAAAAAAGCCUAAGAUUGAUAGGGAUAUAAUUGCCUUAUAUGGCCCAGUGCCAUGAUUCAUAAUUUUCUCUGAAUUUUUCUAACUCAUUUCUUCUUUCUUUUUUUCUGGGGCAAGAUGAAUUAUUAUUCAGCUAAACACAGAAAAAGAGGAGCAUUUUUGCCCUUUUUUUGGUUCCUUUGAGUUCUUUUAUUGCUAAUCUCUUAUCUAUGUAUUUUCAUUUUUUAUUCCCCUCCAAAAAAAAGAAGAAACAAAAUAAAUCAGCACUUUUAGUUACACC